ACCCCGUCAAGCCCUGAUUCCCACUGGGAGAGCUCCUCUGGCACUUCUAGAAAUCAGUAGUGGAGUAGUUCACAACACCCCUCGGUAAAUGCCUCCGAGGUAGUUGGAUAUAUAUCGGCAAAUUACUUGCCAUCGCCGAUCAACCAAAACCCCCCCAAACCAAUUCCUCGUCACUGCGUGAUUGCCACCCAGCAAAAGAGAACCCCAAGACAACCCACAAAACAACGCAACAAAGUAUGGCUGAUCCCAUAAAGACACUUGACAACGCAAGCCGCUACGGCGAUGCUUCAACCGUCUCGCGAAAGACAUACCCAGUUGCGGGGAUCCAAACCACAGUCUACGGUCUUGAUGAACUCCCCACACAAACCUCCGACAUUGCCUGUCUGUGGCUCUUACAUCCCAGAGGAGGUACCCAAGAACGUAUGAAAGGCAUUGGGACGACCAUCAUCGCGGAUUGGAACUCCAGGAACCCCACCAAGGGCCUCAUUGCUGUCGCAUUCGAUCAACGCAAUCAUGGAACGAGAGAGGUAGAUCCGCUGGCCAAUGAAGCAUGGAGACAGGGAAACCCUCGACAUGCUCAGGAUAUGUUCUCAAUUUUUCAGGGCACUGCCCGAGACGUAUCUCUUCUGAUUGAUUACCUCCCCUCCUAUGUGUUCCCCCACUCCGAUCGCAAGAUCGUCGAUAAUCUGGUGUUGGGUGUUUCCCUGGGCGGCCAUGCAGCAUGGAGCUGUCUUCUGCAUGAACCUCGCAUAAGCGCCGGGGUCGUCGUCAUCGGCUGCCCGGACUACGUGAAUCUGAUGGCUGAUCGGGCCAGAUUAUCGAAGUUGCCAUCGUGGACGAGCACCGACACCCCAGGCUCUCAAUUCCUUGGCUCUGAGGCUUUUCCUUCAUCUCUACUGGAUGCUGUGAAGAAGUACGAUCCGGCCGGUCUGUUGUUGAGCCACGUGAAGUCGGCCUCGGAUGUCGGUCCUCUUCGCAGUGGACCAUUGCCGGAGCCGACGGAGAGCGAGAAGGCUGCGUUGCGACCGCUCCUUGCCCGUUCCAUAGCCGGAAAGAGGAUUCUCAAUUUGGCCGGCGGCAAGGACAAGUUGGUCCCUUAUCAUCGCGGGGAGGUGUUUUUGGCUUGGUUAAAGCAGGCUGUCGCUUCGCAGGGCUGGUUUGCCGAUGGUGCUGUGACCUUCGAAGAUAUCAUCGAUGAAGAGGCUGGGCAUGAUAUGACCGGGAAGAUGAUGGAUGAGGCAACUCGUUUCAUUCGUGAAACCCUGGAGGCCAGCAACAAAGCCCCAGAGAAGGUGGGGUCGGUGCGUGAAUCGAAGAUCUAGAACUCUUUCUCUACUCAGGAUGUACUACGACCGUUGUUUUACAUAGAGACCUACAUAAACGUCCCGGUACCUCUACAUCACAUAACAUAGUCCUCUACUACAAUCACCAUAUUAUCAUUAUCAUACGGAUACCACGGGAGGAUUACAAUAACCGGGCAAUGGGCAUGAAUUAGAGCCAUAUCUUCCGAACUUUGGAGUAAAGAGGAAGGUCAUAGUCCAGUGGUCUACGCAUUCUGUAAUCGCUGCAACUCCAAAGGGCAUUUCAGAUCUGGGAUAUACAUCCUCAAAACCGGCGCUGCUGGCUCAUACUCAAAAACAGCCGUAUUCA